CCCCUGCAGGUCCCUUCGAUCCGCAGGCCCCCAUCGCCCCCGGCUGGCGGGACGCGGUUCCCCCAUUAGCAAGAGGAAGCAGAAGUGCCGCCGCCGCCGCCAGGCUCCGGCCUCCCUCCGCAGCGGUGGGCGGAGCGCAGUGGGGCCAUGGCCGGGUCUGGGGCCAUGCCGGCGGUGCUGGGCGCCGCGUGGAGCCUGCUGGCCGCCGCCUUCCUGGCGGCGCUGGUGCUGCUGAGGCGGGCCCCAGCUUGGCUGACCGGGGGCAGCGGCGGCGGCCUGUGCGGCCUCUUCCAGGAUCUCAUUCGCUACGGGAAGACGAAGGGCGGCUACGGGCAGCACCCGGCCUGGCUGCGCCUCCUUCAGGUGCCGAAGAGGUGGUUUACUCACUUUUAUGUGGUUUCUGUGCUCUGGAACGGCUUUCUGCUGAUUUGGCUUUUCCAAGCUGAGUUCCUUGGAGGGUCACUCCCAUCAUGGAUUCAGCACAUGCACCAUGCACUUGGCAGAGAUUCUCAGAGUGAAGACACGGAUAUCCAGCACUUCUCUGUGUUCAUGGUUCUCCUGCUGCUUUGGCUGCAUAGCUGUCGAAGACUUGCAGAAUGCCUCUGGACCAGUGUGUUUUCUAAUGGUGUCAUUCAUAUUGUGCAGUACUGCUUUGGACUUGCUUACUACAUUGCCAUUGGCUCAACUGUGCUAUGUCAAGUGCCUACUAAUGUCAGGAAAGGAAAAGAAUUUCCUGUGCAGAUCUGCUGGUAUCACAUCAUAGGAGUUACAAUGUAUAUUUGGGCCUCUCUUCACCAACACAGAUGCCUUGUGAUUCUAGCUAAUCUUAGAAAAAGUAAAUCGGGAAAGGUUGUAAGUCUGAACCACAGUGUACCUUUUGGAGACUGGUUUGAGAGAGUUUCUUGCCCUCACUAUUUUGCAGAGGUCCUUAUAUAUGUAUCUAUGUCCAUCACGCUUGGACUUCACAAUGUGACAUGGUGGUGUGUAGUGAUGUAUGUUCUUUUUAACCAGGCACUGGCUGCAGUUUUGUGUCAUGAGUUCUAUCAGAAGAACUUUAGCUCCUACCCAAAGCAUCGAAAAGCAUUUAUACCAUUUGUUUUCUGAAUAUUUCUUCUAAAGUAUCUUUAGUACAAACUGGGAAAUGUUUCCUCUAAGGGAAUAAGAGAUGUACGGCUUGCUAAAGCCAAGGUAAAAUUGCACAUUUUCUCUAGUUCUAGCUUAAAAUUUCAUCCACAUUACCAAUUUAGGUGGGGAAAUGUAAGUUCUCUGCUUAUCAAAAGAGCUAAAAUAAAAUUACCAAGGACCUUAUUUUAAACUCAAGAAAUGCUAAUUGUCUCUUUUCAGUUUUUAUAAUGAUAUCUUAUGCAUAAAACACUUGCUGUUGUGCAGCAAGCCCAAAUACAUAUAUGUGAAAACUGUUGUGAAAGAAGGGUGCAGGGAAUAAUGUGAACCACUGUAUUUCAUGUCUUGUCUAGUGUUUAAGCAUAUUUUUUUCUAAUCUCUUUUCUUCUGAAUCACUUCAGAGGGAGGCAAAUUGUGUCUCUUUCUGUGCUUCCCUGUUGAUAAUUAAAACCAGCCACUGCUUUAUAACUGCAAGCACAGAAACUGGUAGAGAAAGUUGCAGCAGAGGAAUGACUCAUGCCAAGCAGUGCAGAUAAACAGACCCAUUCUCUGUGUUCUCUCUUCUGCACUGAAGUGUUUUUGUUCAUUGGUGAAAACCUGUGUAUUCCUAAACUGGAAAAAUCAUGGAAGGUGCUCUUUAGAGAGACAGUAGAAGAGAAUUUGCAGAGAAGUAAGGUUCUGGUUAUGGUUGUUAUCCUUUUAGUGGGUUAUUGGAAUCCCUGGUGUGUUAGAAGGGGCAGUUAUGCAGGAUGACCAUACCCAUGACUUCACUGGUUUUUAAACAGCCUGUGAGAGCAGAUGUAAUGAACUGCUGAGGCAAUGAACACACAGAAACCAGUACCUGACAAGUGAUGCAAAGAAGUUCUUUACUGGGGACAUGAUGUUGCUCAGUGCAGGGUUUCUUUGCACUUAAUCACUCGAUAUUUUGGUGCUUUUCAUGAUACUGAAUCUGUUUGCCUGAUGUAGCAUAUGGAUGCUGGUGUUUCAGCAGGUUUUCUACUUACGUGUGUGUAUUAUUUUGUAUAUGAGAAGAAUUUUUAUAUACUAAAGUAUAUCAAAUGAAUUAUCUAAU